AACGAUGGCGGUGGCGACGACGACGACGACGACGACGAUGAUGAUGAUGAUGAUGACGACGACGACGACGAUCAACACGUCGCUGGCCUGCUGCAAAUCGAUAUCGAUGAUGAGCCUGGGCGUGUCAACGACAACAGCAGAAGCCGUAUCGCCAGCGACAGCAGCAGCAGCGGCGACAGCGACAUCAUUUCCAUCGUAGACAUUGACGAUGAGGAGGACGAGGACGAGGAUCAGGAGGAGGAUGAUGUGAUGGAAUUGCAAGUGGAGCUCGAGCAGAGCAAGACCAGCAUAGCGGACUUAACGCUGCAUGAAGAGUAUGACUCACAGGAUGCCUUGGUCAAGGAUGUGGGCGUUGUGGGCGGCCUAUCGCCAACACCCUCACAAUCAGCGCCGUCGCCACCGCCAUCGUCGCAGCCGCCAGCGAAGCGCAUCAAGCGCCACAUUGCGGUGCUGCCGCCAGCAGCUGCCUCAGCCCUGCUGCUGCAAUUGGCACAGCAGCAGCAGCAGCAGCAACAGUUGCCGCCCGCGUGAGGCUGUCAAAGCAAUUAGCUAGUCCUAGAUACUUGUUGUUCUUAACACUUUUAGUUCAGGCCAUGUUUAUGAUCGUCGCCUUUUUUUUUUAUUACUUUCGAUUUGCCAUUUUUAUGUUAACCAAAUUACCAACUAAUAUACAAUUAGUUAUUAUUAUGAUUACCUAUCAUUAACGUAAUGCUACUAUUUAUUUAUGUCUAGUUUUGUGUGCCAAACAAAGAAGCCAACAUGCAAGUGACUGAAGUGCAUGUGCAUUCAUUUUAUUAUUAUUUUAUUUUUUUUUAUAAUAUUAGUUUUGCAAACCAAAUCUUAUUUGCCAUUUAACGAAAUGCUUGCCAAAAUUUAAUUUUAAGCAUUAACUUAUUGCUUAAAGCCAAGCCUACCCCCGCCUGCUAUUAUUUAUUAUUUAUGUGUUUUGUUAAACAUCCAUUUUUUUUUAGUUUAUACAAAAGCAAAAAUAUAAAUUUAUUGUUUAAGUUUUUUUUAGCUGCAAACCAAAAGAAAAUGCAACGAAAGGCCCAAAAAACUGUUCAUUUGUCACUGUAAAUUUUACCUUAAAUUACAUAACAUAAUUAGUUGUCAUGUAAAAAAAAACAUACAAACAAAUUACAAAAACUGUACAAAUGUGGUUCCUAAUCUAGUCCUUAAAACAAACAAACAAAAAAUCUAAGAAACUGUUUAAAAAAGAAAACAAAGAAAACAAUUUUAUUGUUAUGCAUAUAGCGCAACUUGUGUAUAUUUUUUUUUUUUUUCUAAAAAAUAUAUAUAUAUCUAAACGCAAAGCCCCCAGUCCCUAAACCAUCCAAAGAACUGUAGCUAAUUUUAAUGUACUUAAAAAAAAACUGAGGCACCCAAAUCCAGAUACAGAAAUAUAUGGUUUUGGAUAGCAAUUUGCUAGUCGCCGCUGCGUAACUGUAUUCUUUAGUCUAGCAUACACAAGAAAAGUUUAAAAUAAAUAAAAUUUUAAAUGCGA